GUCCAGCCGCACACUCGGGAGCGUUGUAGGUGGUGCUCCGAGAUAAAAGUGAACAAAAGAGUUGACCCCCACCUUUCUAGGGGCUCUCCUGGCCCAAGCUUUUCCCUGCAAGCCAAAAGCCACCUGCUGUCCUGGAAGCCACACCGCCCGGCAGUUCAGCUACUGCCCCAGAGCCGCCAAGAAAGGGACACGGACCACCAAUUUAGCUUGUCGCGUCACGGCGCCGAUUCCCUUUCAGAGGCGCGCCGAGUGGAAGUUCUUUCGACGCCGCCUUCAAUUUUGUCUCCGACAACCUCCAGUCACCCACAACGCCAUCCAAACCAUCUCCGAGACUUUGGACAGGAAACCAUCACCAUGGCCGCCAUUGAGAGUUUCGACAACAUUUACCUGGACCUGUCCAAGGAACACGGAAAGUGCAGAUUCGCGGAGACCGGUCUCGGCUGGAAGCCAGUAGGCGGCGGCGACACCUUCACACUCGAUCAGGGCAACAUUGGCGGUGCGCAAUGGAGCAGAGCCGCCAAGGGCUACGAGAUCAAGAUUCUGCAGAGGAAUUCGGGCAUCAUUCAACUAGACGGUUUUCAGCAAGAGGACUACGAGCGCUUGAGCAAAAUCUUCAAGAACUGGUAUAGCACGAACCUAGAAAACAAGGAGCAUUCGCUGCGCGGCUGGAACUGGGGCAAGGCCGAGUUUGGAAAGGCGGAGCUCACAUUCAACGUCCAGAACCGUCCCGCCUUCGAAAUCCCCUACUCUGAAAUCUCCAACACCAACCUUGCCGGCAGAAACGAAAUCGCUGUCGAGUUUGCUGUUGGCGAGGGUGGGAAACCCGGUCAGAAUGGUGCCACCCCUGGAAAGGGAAAGAAGGCGUCCGCCGGCAAGGACCAGAUGGUCGAGAUGAGGUUCUACAUUCCAGGAACAACCACCCGGAAAGAGGCCGAGGGCGGUGAUGCUGGCAGCGAUGCAGACGAGGAAGAGAAGAACGCCGUCACUCUCUUCUACGACACCCUCAUUGAGAAGGCCGAGAUUGGCGAGUCGGCCGGCGACACGAUUGCCACCUUCCUCGAUGUCUUGCACCUCACGCCAAGAGGUCGUUUCGAUAUCGAUAUGUACGAUACAUCCUUUCGUCUUCGCGGCAAGACAUACGACUACAAGAUCCAGUACGAAGCCAUCAAGAAGUUCAUGGUUCUUCCCAAGCCCGACGAGGUUCACUAUCUCCUCUGCAUCGGGCUGGAUCCACCCUUGCGCCAGGGUCAGACCAGGUAUCCAUUCCUUGUGAUGCAGUUCAAGACGGACGAGGAAGUGACGCUGGAUCUGAACCUCCCUGAAGAAGACCUCAACGAGAAGUACAAGGGCAAGCUCGAGUCUCAUUACGAGCAGCCCCUGCACAGCGUGGUGGCCCAGAUUUUUAGAGGACUUGCGGGCAAGAAGAUUCUCUCACCUGCCAAAAACUUCCAGACACACCGGGCCCAGUCCGGCAUCAAGUGUUCGAUCAAGGCCAGCGAGGGCUUCUUGUACUGCCUGGAAAAGGCGUUCAUGUUCGUGCCCAAGCCAGCCACCUACAUCGCAUACGAUCAAACGCAGUCCAUCACCUUCUCUCGCGUUGGGGGAGCUGUCUCCGCCCUGUCGACGUUUGAUAUAACAGUCCACAUGAAGGGCGGCGGCAACUCGCAGUUUAGCAACAUCAACCGUGAAGAUCUUAAGGGACUCGAGGACUUCUUCCAGUACAAGGGUCUUCGCGUUAAGAACGAAAUCGAUGAGGAUGCCAACAUGCUUGCUGCGGCCAUGAGAGCGGAGGACAUGGCCAGCUCAGAUGAGGAAGUGGUCCAGAACAAGGCCGAUCGCGGCUCGGCCGACGAAGAUGAGGAGAGCGUGGAUGAGGACUUCCAGGCUGACUCGGACAGCGACGUCGCCGAGGAAUAUGACAGCAAUCACGAAAGUGAUGGUUCAGGCAGCGGAGAGAGUGAUGUUGAUAAUGAGGUGGAUGAUGACGAAGACGAGGAGAUGGAAGAUGCUGAAGAGGAGGAGGAAGAGCGGCCAAAGAAGAAGAAGAAGACUGGUUGA